AUGACAGAUGAUGAUUUUGAAACCGAGUAAAAUUUGUUAGGAUCGAUUUUAUCAAGUAAAUUACUCUUUUAAAUAUAAGUAACUGAUGAAAAUGACUCUUACGAUUAGAAGAAAUUAAAUGUGAGUGCUGAAUGCAAUUAAACUCAAACUUAUAUAAAACUCUAAAAUUAAUAUAAGUUUUAAACGACAGAUUCAUUUAGCAAAUCCUUUGAAUAAAUAAGUUUAUGUUCAGAUCAAAUAUGCAGUCCUAUUUCACCAGAUAAAAAAGUUUAAUAUAAAAAUCCUGGAGUUUGCACUUCAUUUAGUUCGGAUAAUUAGACAAGUUUAGAGACUUCAAUGAUUUUUGGAAAUUCUGUUUGUUUUGAUUACUUUUAAAAAUCCCCUGAAUAAUUUUCACCUAUAUUUUUCAGUUAAACUAAUCAAAUUUGGCCUUAAUAUUAAAAACCAAGUCAAAAUUUAGAUCUAUAAUUAGAUAUUGAUAUUGUAAUUUUUUUUAAUAUUAAUAUAUUAUAGGAGAAUAUGUGUGGAAAUCAAGUGCUAUCAAGGAAGGUUUAAAAAAUAUUUGAGACUGGAUCACCCAAUUAAAGAUAAUAAAUAUUUUAUAAAGUAUAAGCUAAUUGUUAAGAAUUCUCAAAAGACAUUUUUGGUAAUUAUUUAAUUUAGAAGAUCCUUGAAAAAGGUAUUAAAAUACUUAAAUAUUUUUUUUAGGAAGUUUAGUAUAAUAAAUUUAGAUCUUUUAAUAAUUAUUGCCUUAUGUUAAUGAAUUAUCCAAAAAUAAUUUUGGAUGUAGAGUUAUUUAAAAACUUAUUGAUAUUAUUUCUAACAAAGAUCGUUUAAUAAGUCCAUUUAUUCAAGAAAUUAAAAAAAAUGUUUAAUCUCUGCUCAUUGAUUAAAAUGGUAAGUAUGUAAUUCUAAAAUGUUUGGAAAACUUUCCUAUAGAUGUAGUUAAAUUUAUAUUGAAACCAAGUGAAGAUUUAUGUGUAAAUAUGUGUGAUUCUUAAUAUGGAUGUAAAAUUAUCUAAAAGUUAAUUGAUAAUUAUCCAUUUUAAGUGGAUAAUUUGAUAUAAAUCUGUAUAUCGUAUUAAAAUCUCCUCUAUAAAUCUUAAUAUGGAAAUCAUAUCAUUUAAUAUGCCAUUAAAUAGCCAAAAAGUCUAGAACUUAUUGCAAAUUAUAUCUUUGAUCAUUUAGAAUCCUUAUGUUUCAAUAAAUAUGCGAGUAAUACUGUAGAAGCUAUCCUUGAAUAUUUAUCUCCAAAACUUAAAAAUAGUUUUGUUUAAAUUUUAAUCAAACCUUCAGAUUAAAAUGGAAUGUAAUACAAUAUAUUCUAUUUUAGGUUCAUUUUUGUAAAUAUAGCAACAAAUCCAUUUGGAAAUUAUGUUAUAAAAAAGUUAUUAUAAGUUUUUGAUAUUGAACAUACCCAAUAACUGUUAAAUCUAAUUAAAUAGAAUUCAAAUUUAUUAUAAUACUUAAGAUAAUCAGAAUAUGGAUAAAGAAUAUUUACUCUUUUGACAACAUAGUUAAAUGAUUAAAAUUGA